CGUGACGGCCGCUAUAAGAGCGCUCCGGGCCCACGCUCGGCUCCCGCCGCGCCUCCUCGCUGGCCGCGCUCCCUCCCGGCACCCGGCUUCUCCCAGCCAGCAACCUGCGGCUGCGGCGGCCGCCCGUCCCCCUCGGCAGCACCAUGACAGAUCAGGCCUUUGUGACACUGACCACAAACGAUGCCUACGCCAAAGGAGCCUUAGUCCUGGGCUCAUCUCUGAAGCAGCACAGGACCACCAGGAAGCUGGCCGUGCUUGCCACUCCUCAGGUCUCCAACUCCAUGAGAAAAGUUUUAGAGACAGUCUUCGAUGAAGUCAUCACCGUAGAUGUCUUGGACAGUGGCGAUUCUGCACAUCUAACCUUAAUGAAGAGGCCUGAGUUGGGUGUCACAUUAACGAAACUCCAUUGCUGGUCACUUACGCAGUAUUCAAAAUGCGUGUUCAUGGAUGCAGAUACUCUGGUCCUAGCAAAUAUCGAUGAUCUUUUUGAGCGAGAAGAAUUGUCGGCGGCACCAGACCCAGGGUGGCCUGAUUGCUUCAACUCUGGAGUCUUUGUUUAUCAGCCUUCAGUUGAAACAUACAAUCAGCUGUUGCACCUUGCUUCUGAGCAAGGCAGUUUUGAUGGUGGGGACCAGGGUUUACUGAACACAUUUUUUAACAGCUGGGCAACAACAGAUAUCAGAAAACACCUGCCAUUUAUUUAUAACCUAAGCAGCAUUUCUAUAUACUCCUACCUCCCAGCAUUUAAAGCAUUUGGUGCAAAUGCCAAAGUUGUUCAUUUCCUGGGACGAAUCAAACCAUGGAAUUAUACUUACGAUCCCAGCACAAAGAGUGUUAAAAGUGAGUCCCAUGAUCCAACCAUGACUCAUCCAGAGUUUCUCAACCUGUGGUGGGACAUCUUCACCACCAGCGUUUUGCCUCUGCUUCAACAAUUUGGCCUUGUCAAAGACACCCACUUAUACCUAAAUGUGCUUUCAGACUUGGUCUAUACACUGGCUUUCUCUUGUGGCUUCUGUAGAAAGGAAGGCGUCUCAGGAGCCGUAUCACAUCUGUCCCUUGGGGAGAUCCCGGCUGCAGCCCAGCCUUUUGUGUCCUCAGAAGAACGGAAGGAGCGGUGGGAGCAGGGCCAGGCUGAUUACAUGGGAGCAGAUUCCUUUGACAACAUCAAGAGGAAACUGGACACUUACCUCCAGUAGAAACACUGCCUUUUUCCCAUGGACACAUCCACUUCACAGGCACUUGUUUCUGAUAUUUAAUAUCUCGAGCUGGGUUAGGAAAGGUCUGUUACAGUUGCUAGAAGCUUUGCUAGAAUUCAUCAGAUAAGGGGAUUUUGCAAGACAACAGGUGAGAACUGGGCAAAAGUUGUGAAGUAGCAGUUCUAUUUAUGUGGACAGCGUUCUGCUUGUUAACCCUAGGCUUAUUCAAUACUCAGCUCUUGUCAGAAAUUCUUAAUUUUGUUGACGGCCAGCAUACGUGGUAAGGGAGAGUCAGGCUAAUUAAAAUGGCUGUUAUCGACUCUAAAAAUGUGCCAAUAUGGCUCUAGAUCAGUCUCUCUUCAGAUGGGACAGGGUAUCUCUCGCUUGCACUUUCAUUAGACCUGCAUUUUAUUUAGAAUGGCCCAGAGACUGCCAGAGUGAUUGUGAUUCUGCUUUCAGGUGAAGAUAUCCUGUAACACUGCUGAGUGAUUCAUAAACCUAUUGGCAAGCGGCGUUAACCCAUUUUAUUUCCUAACUGUAGUGUCUGAAAUUGUUCACCAGUUUUCUGUGUACAGUAAGGCAGCAUGCUAAAAUGCUUUUUUCAGUUCUAUGUAUCUGUAAAGAGCAGUGUGUUCUCUGAUGGUUACCUACGGUGGCACCUUGUAUGAAAAUAAAGGCUUUUGGCCAUA